GGAUGGGUUAAUCCUGAAUAUGGCAGGGGCCGGCUUAAAUGACCUCCCUGUAGACGAGCGAUUUCUGGAGGACAAGAGAAUUGACUUUGAGGCAUCUCUGGCCAAGGGGCUGGCAGAACUCGCUAUCAAAGAUAGUUUAAAUAUCUUGGCGAACUGGAAUAAUGUGGAUGACUUCAACAGGAUUUUCUGGUGUGGCCCAAGCAAGCUGGCUGUGCAGGUGCGGGACUCCUGGAAGGAGGAUGCCUUAUUUGGGUACCAGUUUCUCAAUGGUGCCAACCCCAUGCUGCUGAGACGCUCCUGUCACCUUCCCGACCGCCUAGUGUUUCCUCCAGGGAUGGAGGAACUGCGGGCCCAGCUGGAGAAUGAACUCAGGGCGGGCACACUGUUUGAAGCUGAUUACUCUCUACUGGAUGGGAUCAAGGCCAAUGUCAUCCUGUGUAGACAGCAGUACCUGGCUGCCCCUCUGGUCAUGCUGAAAUUGCAGUCUGAUGGGAAACUCUUGCCCAUGGUCAUCCAGCUGCAACUGCCACAACAGGGAUCCCCCCCACCCUUCCUGCCCACGGAUCCUGAACUCACCUGGCUCCUGGCCAAAUGCUGGGUCCGUAGCUCUGAAUUCCAGAUUCAUGAGCUGCAGUAUCAUCUUCUGAGGGGACACUUGAUGGCUGAGGUCAUUGCCGUGGCCACCAUGAGGUGCCUUCCCUCAGUACAUCCUAUCUUCAAGCUUAUAGUUCCCCACCUGCGAUACACCAUGGAAAUUAACGUCCGGGCCAGGAAUGGGCUCGUCUCUGACUAUGGAGUUUUCGACCAGGUGGUGAGCACAGGUGGGGGAGGCCACGUGGAGUUCCUCAAGAGAGCUAAGGACGUUCUUACGUAUCGCUCGCUCUGUCCUCCUGAUGACUUGGCUGACCGGGGCCUCCUGGGAGUCCAGUCUUCCUACUAUGGUCAAGAUGCUCUGCGGCUCUGGGAGAUUCUCUAUGGGUAUGUGGAGGGAAUUGUGAAAAUCCACUAUAAGUCGGAUGAGACUGUGAAAAGUGACCUUGAACUGCAGUCCUGGUGUCGAGAAAUCACUGAAAUUGGGCUGCUAGGGGCAGAGGAUCGAGGGUUUCCCCAGUCUUUGCAGUCUCUGGAUCAGCUUUGCAAAUUUGCCACCAUGUGCAUCUUCACCUGCACUGGUCAACACUCCUCCACCCACAUGGGCCAGCUGGACUGGUAUGCUUGGGUCCCUAAUGCACCCUGCACCAUGCGGAUGCCCCCACCGACCACCCAGGAUGUGACGAUGGAGACAGUGAUUGCAUCAUUGCCCAGCGUUCAUCAGGCUUCUGUACAGAUGUCCAUCACUUGGCAGCUGGGCAGACGCCAGCCUUUUAUGGUGGCUCUGGGCCAGCAUGAGGAGGAAUAUUUUUCAGACCCUGCAUCCAAGGCAGUGCUGAAGACAUUCAGGGAGAAGCUGGCUGCCAUGGAUAAGGAUGUCGAUGCCCGGAAUGCAACACUGGCCAUGCCCUACGAGUACCUGAAGCCCAGCCUGGUGGAAAACAGUGUGACCAUCUGACUGUGUCCAGCCUUUGAUCAUUCGAGUCCCCCCCUCCACCCAAGCUUCAACCGCACUCCUUAGUUGUUUCAGCUCUGCCCUCCCAGGACCUGCCAUGUCUCACCUUCCCUGAAGAGUCACCUUUCCAUUUUCAUUCCCCCAGGGAACCCCUUUUUACUGUAAAUGCUGCACCUACAUUCAGCAUUCCUCCUCUCCCUUCCAUUCUUUUCUGUUUUCCUCUGUCUUCCCUCGUCUUUGAGAUCUUCCAUAGGGAAAAUGAUAGUCACAUUUAUAGAGACUCCUUCAAGCACCGAUUAUUACUCCACAUCUUAGAGUAAAAAUACUUAAAUUGAUUUCAAAUCUAAAUUCAGUUUAAUAAUAAUAAGAAGAUAUUGUAGACAAAUAAGAGAAAAUUUAGACUGAAUUAUUUAAAAUAAUUGGCAAAGGAAUAGAAAGGGUGAAACUUUUUCUUUCUAAGUGGAGGGGAUUUAACACAUAUCUAGUAGCCAGAUACACUGCAAAGGAAACCAUUGACACGGGCGUUCUCAAGAUUUUUUUGACUCAAGAUUUUCAUUUCAUGGCUCACUUUGAAAAUGAUAAGUAGAAGCUAACGGAUUGAAUUGAGAAAAACAAAAACAGGAGACUUCACGUUCUCUAACGUAGGAAGUCCUGUCCCUGUGAAGUUACAGAAUAAAAGGUGAGGUCAUAGAGAGUGAGGUACUGUACUUUGACAUAAGUAAACUCCAUUUCUUACCAUAGAUAUAUGCUACUAAAUAUAUUUUCUUAUAGUAUAUAUGUAGUCAGUAGUGCAAAUUUCAGUGAAUUAUUAGGAAUCAGAACAAGAGCAGUCUUCACAUUUAUGGGUGGUAGAUCACAGGAGAUAACAAAAAAAAAAACAUUGUCUGGGUAACUUAAUGGAAAUUCUUGCAAACCAACCUCCACUGCAAAUUCAAGAUAAUAAGCCGUAGAAAAAAUAUAUACCUGGGACCAGAAGGUGGUUGAGGCACUAGACUCCCACGUGGCUGACCUUGG